AAAAAUCCAGCGAAAGCUAGUCCAGACUGAGCUUCCUGACCCGAGCGCGUUGUAUAGAGGAAGUUGUCUCCGAACGCCCCGACGUGCAAGGAGAGGUGGGGAUUUUUUUCUUGGCUGCACAACUGCACCGAAUUUGCACGGCCAGCCGGUUGAAGUUUUGAGUAAUUCGGGACCGUCUCCGUUUUGAGUUGCAGUGUGGAGCAGCAGUAACCACACCACGUCGUGCCACACACACGGGGAGGAGGAGAGGAGAGAGGGCAGAAGUUUCCGCUGGCUUGUUUUGUCACUGCGGGGCUGGUAAAUCCGCAGGAAUGUCGCAGAAGGAGAGACCCACUUUCUACCGACAGGAACUCAACAAAACCGUGUGGGAGGUCCCGGAGCGCUACCAGAACUUAUCUCCCGUCGGCUCCGGAGCUUACGGAUCCGUAUGUUCAGCGUAUGAUGUGAAAACAGACCUGAAGGUAGCUGUGAAGAAGUUGUCUAGACCCUUCCAGUCCAUCAUCCACGCAAAGAGAACCUACAGAGAGCUGCGGCUGCUCAAACACAUGAAGCACGAGAAUGUGAUUGGCCUAUUAGAUGUUUUCACACCAGCGACAAGCUUAGAGGAGUUCAAUGAUGUGUACUUGGUGACCCACCUAAUGGGGGCAGACCUCAACAACAUAGUCAAGUGUCAGAAGCUGACUGAUGACCACGUCCAGUUCCUCAUCUACCAGAUUCUCAGAGGCUUAAAGUACAUCCAUUCUGCUGAUAUCAUCCACAGAGACCUGAAGCCCAGUAAUCUGGCCGUGAAUGAAGACUGUGAGCUCAAGAUCCUGGACUUUGGUUUGGCGCGGCACACAGAUGAUGAAAUGACAGGCUACGUAGCUACCCGGUGGUACCGAGCCCCAGAGAUCAUGCUCAACUGGAUGCACUACAACAUGACAGUGGAUAUCUGGUCGGUGGGCUGCAUCAUGGCUGAACUACUCACUGGACGGACGCUCUUCCCUGGUACAGACCACAUUGAUCAGUUGAAGCUUAUAAUGAUGCUCGUCGGAACCCCAGGGCCUGAACUCUUGAUGAAAAUCUCUUCGGAGUCAGCAAGGAACUACAUUAACUCACUUCCUCACAUGCCCAAGAGGAACUUUGCUGAUGUGUUCAUUGGUGCCAACCCUCUUGCGGUGGACUUGCUGGAGAAAAUGCUGGUGUUGGACACAGACAAGCGGAUCACAGCGACUGAGGCUCUUGCCCAUCCGUACUUUGCCCAGUACCACGAUCCAGACGACGAGCCUGAAGCAGAGCCUUACGACCAGAGCUUUGAAAGCCGUGAGCUGGAAAUUGAAGAAUGGAAGAAAUUAACCUACGAGGAGGUACUCAGCUUUGUGCCACCAUCGUUUGAUGGAGACGAGAUGGAAUCCUGAGGAGGAGGCACCUUUUCUUCCAUCAUUCGUUUUCCAAGAGAGACUCUUUAAGGACUAUCAGUCUUAUGUGACUAUCCACCACUGUCCUCGCACACAUGCACAACCAUGACAUUCAAGUGCCUGCCGUCAUUCAUCUCUGGGGGACGUUGCGAUAUCAGAGAUAAAACUCUACAUCCUGUUCAUCCCGCCCCCCAACUUUGCUGUUUUUUUUUUUUUUACCUUGCAUCCCAAUGUGCUGAGGCAGACUUUAAUUCUCCUUAUAUUUUUAGUGAGUUUUUGCCCCAGACAUUUAUUAUUUAUAUUGUGCCCCCUCUUUGAUUCAACUAGAAAUUACAUGUCAGUAUCUUAAAGCAAAUUGGAGAAAUUGAACUGCUGAUAUGUAUUUUAGUAAGCUGUACUCCUUAGAAGUAAUUAAUACUGUAGGAAAAGUUUGAAACCAUGACGUGUCUAAAGUUGAUCUUUUCUCCAUACAUUAAAUUAAAUGUUAUAUCUAUCAGUGCACAGAACUGUGUAAAUAUCACAGCAAACAGUAUUUGUACAGAAGUACAUCAGACAAAACAGUUACCAUAUGUGUGUAAUAGUCAUUAUUUGCUGGGAAACACCUCAGCUGACCCCUUUGACAGUAUGAAUUUUAUUACUAUAGUUUAGCCUAAAAUUACAUAAAAGAUACAGUAUGUAAUUUAUUAUACAUGUGUACAGAAUAGGCUAAAAUGUGAAAUAUUCACUUGUAAAAGGAAAAUUCAAAGCUUCAUAUUUCUUAUUGUUGGAUUUGAGUUACAGUGUCCCAUUUUUAACAAAAAUCUGAGUUUGGAGAGUAUGGCUUAUGUAUCACCCUUUAAACAUUUUGUUAAAUUUCCACUCCUUUCUUCCAUAUCAAUUCUUUUAGCACUUCUGUGUUGUCGUUUCAUAAGAAUGUUUUAGCAAAUAGUCAAUGACAGGACCACUUCAGCAUGAUAAAGCCAGAUUAGGCUUAGUAGUUUAUUAUUUUGAUGUUUUCCAUCUCAACAUCAACUGACAAUGUAAUUUAAUCAUAUUGCAUUUAUAAAACACAGUACUAUUAAUGUUGAAUGUUGGGGGCGACAGUUUGCCCUGUAUUUAUGAUCUUUUGUUAUGUUGUUUGUAUAUCGAUGUAAAAGAGAAUAUUAUUUGUCAGAAUUUAAGGUUCCUUUUAUUAUUUAUGGAGAGCUUACUGUAUCAGAAACCAAAUGUAUCAAUAACAUCAACAUCAAUAAUCUCAUAUGUCAGUUGAGCCAUGGUGACUGCAGUUACAGCUUGUGUAUCAGAGCCAACAAUGUCAUUAACUUGUUGCGGACAACCAUAUCAGUUUAAAUCUUUCCGACAAACUCUGCACAUCUUGCAGUUGUUUCUCAUUAGUUCUGAGUUUUUAAAGAGUUGCUGAAAAUGUAUUUAUCUUAUUGUGUUCCCUGAGGUACUGCCUUCCAAAAUUAUUCUGUUUUCAAAGAAAAAGGCAAUAGAAAACAUAUCUAGAAAUCAAGGAAAAAUUAAGUAUUACAAUUCAACAUUAACCAACAAACCACUGUAGACUCCUCAUGUUGAAGUGUGAAAACAUUUAUUAAGAAAAUGUGAACAAUUUUAGAAAUCAAACCGCACUCUCAUGUGACAUACAAGCUAUAUCCACAGUUGCUCCGGUUAAGUCAACCAAUGAUAUCGGUGUCUUCACAAUUUCAUUUGCAACUGCUUUCAUGUAACUUUGUUUUCAUGUAGUCCUUUUUCUAAUGUAUUAUUUUAUUGUGUGUUAAAUCAAGAUUUGAUGGUAAUAUUCUGUAAUAUUGAUUGUUUUUAUGAGCAAUGCUAGAACCAUAUUUGUCAUUCAUUUGAAAAAUUUUGUAGGGCACGUUUGUGGAAAAGAGUGUACGUUUACUCACUGGAUGCUGAAGGGCAAUGCUGAAGCCUCAUACUUUGUCAUUUUAAAAGAACUGCAUUGAUUAUAUAGGAUAUUUAUCUUGUCCAUAUCCCAGUGUCGGCAGUUAAUUUGGUUAUUGGUUAUGCUUUAUUUGCCUGAGAUGUGUUCAUAUCUUUUUACUAUGUUCUUUAUCACAUGUACCAAGACAGCAGGCCACACCACCUGUAAAUACCACCAUUAGAAAAUAAAGACUACUAUUUUUCAA